UGGAGUUGGAAGGGUGCCCUGACCUCAGAUCGGUUGGGAUCCAAAUCAGACGUACAUUAGGCCUCAGCGCGUGUGGACUUUGGUGUGUUGAAGUACCGGAGGGUUUCGCGAACAUCGGAGGACUUGAACUCGACAUGUCCUCGUACACGUGCAUCAGUUGCCGCGUGGCGUUCGCCGACGGCGACGUGCAGCGCGCGCACUACAAGACCGACUGGCACCGCUACAACCUGAAGCGCAAAGUGGCGGACAUGCCGCCGGUGACGGCCGAAAACUUCCAGGAGAGGGUGCUGGCGCAGCGGGCGGCGAUCGAGGAGCAGGCGCAUGCGCAGAGCGAGCGGGCGACGACCUGCGACACCUGUGGCAAGAGGUUCUCGAGCGCCAACGCCCACCAGAACCACCUGCGCUCCCACAAGCACCAGGAGGCGGAGAAGCGGGCGCUGACGGCUGCCCUGAAGAAGGUGGAGAAGAUGAAUGAGAAGAACCUGGAGAAGGGCCUGGAUGGGGAGCCCCUGGACAAGAACGCCCGAAACGAGGCGCUCCAGCAAGCGCUGCGGGAGCAGCACAGGACUUCUCCAGCCAAGGUGGCCGGGCCGCCGGGCCAGAGCAGGCAGCGGCCCGAGAAGCCGCCCCGGCUCCAGUGGUUCGAGGAGCAGGCCAGAAAGAUAAAGGCUGAAGAGGAGGAGGAGGAUGAGGCGGCAGAUGGCGAAGAGGAGGAAUGGGAGGAUCUGGAUGACGAUGACAUGGAGGAUGAGGAUGAUGAUGAUGAAGACGAGGAGGAAGCGAUGGAGCAAGCCGAGUCUGCUGAUGGGCCACCGGGGGCCACGCCAUCGGUUGAGGCUCCCCCAGGGGCCGUCCCUGUCACGGACUGCCUGUUUUGCUCACACCACUCCCAUUCCCUCCUGAAAAACGUGUCCCACAUGACCAAGGUCCACAGCUUCUUCCUGCCGGACGUCGAGUACCUGGUGGACCUGAAGGGACUUAUUCGCUAUCUGGGUGAGAAGGUGGGCGUGGGCAAUGUCUGUCUCUGGUGUAAUGAGAAGGGCAAGUCCUUCUACUCCACGGAGGCGGUGCAAGCACACAUGGCACACAAGAGUCACUGCAAACUGUUCACGGACGGGGAUGCGGCCUUGGAGUUCGCCGACUUCUACGACUUCAGGAGUAGCUACCCAGACCAUGAGGAUGGAGAGGAAGGUGAGAAGCGGGAUCAGGAGGUGCCUAAUGAGAAGAACCUGGAGUACGAUGAUGAAACGAUGGAGCUCACACUGCCCUCAGGUGCGAAGAUUGGCCACCGCUCCCUCAUGCGCUACUACAAGCAGCGGUUUGGCGCCCCGCGGACCGUAGCCGUAGCUCACAACCGGAACGCAGUGGGCCGAGUCCUGCGGCAGUACCGAGCGCUGGGGUGGUCCGGAGAUGCCGGCAAAGAUUCCUCAUCCCAGCAACUCAAGGACAUGCAGUAUGUGCAAAGGAUGAAGUCUAAGUGGAUGCUAAAGAUGGGGAUCCAUAACAACGCUACCAGACAGAUGCACUUCAGAGCACAGGUCAUGUUUUAACACGGCAUGGCGAUGCAGGUUCUCCAGGAAACCCGAAAAUGUGGAUCUGCAGCUCUGCUGGAUGUCAUCCCUGCAGCUGGCUGUCAAUACUGCAUUUUUUUUUUUCUUUAACUGCAGUGCUCUGUAUAGCCCCCGCCUAUUCUUUUCCCCUUUCCAGAGGCCUUUGGACUUUGCCAUGUUGCACUCUCAAAAAUCCUGUGAUGCUGUUGGAUAUGUUUAAUGACACUUCUGAGGUGUUGGAUCUAGGGGUUUUCUGUACUGUUAAAUUUAAACGAAGAAUCAAAUUUUUGGGAAAGCUGUGUCCUGAAAUGUAAUAUCUCCGAACUUUGUAAUAAAUUGUCAUAAGAGGCCAUCAGCUUUUACUGUUAGUUGUUGUUGCUUAAAUUUCUGCCUUAAAACAAUGCAUGGACCUUUUUUUCCCCCACCUUGUAGGGUGGAUUUAUCUGACUAUAUAUGCUACUUUCCAACUAAAUUUGCUGAUCCAGACAUUUACUUGCCACAUUAAAAAGACAUUGUGUUGACAGAUUAAGUGAAGUGGUAAAAGUGGGAACUGCCAUUCUGUGGACUGUUUUGAGGCUACCUGGGGUAAAAAUACAGUGGUGUACCCCGAUAACCAGUUCCCCCUGUGCCCCAGCCUCACCUGUGUACUGCAUCCACUGUACUUCUGCCCCUUUUGAAUUUUAUUCCCAUCAUGUAGUUAUGUGAUGACCCAGUUAAAGCUGGUGCCUUGGCUUGGAUCCUGCUUGGAUGUGGGUUUGAAUCCAGCUCAGUCUGUAUGAAGUUUGCAUGUUUUCCCUGUUGGUGUGGG